AUGAAGAUCACCAUGCCGAGCAAGCGUCCAGCUUUUGGGGACACCCAAAACUAUUCGAGCAGCGACUUGCAUGUCACUAUGAUGGAUGUGCCCAAGAAGACUCCGGUUCUUUCUUGCCUUGCCUGGAGGCUCAAGCCUCUCAAGCCAGCCUCUCAGAGGAGGCUUCAGGAUGGAGUGGAGCUGGCCGUCGAAGACUUGGCAAACAAUCGAGAUGUGACAAUCUUUGUGACUCUCCCGGGCUUUGUCUAUUGGCCAAAGGAAAUGUUUGUUGAUUUCGUUGGCUACUGCCAAUUCCGUGGAGACGUGGAGCGCCUUUGCACUGCAAUUUCCGAUUGUAUUGUCCUGCUCACGACCACCGGCACUGUUGUCACCAUCCGCAUCUACGGAAAUGACAAAGCAAUGACUGCCACCAAGGAAGACCAGAAUGAGUCUUUCGAUUCCUUUGAAGAGGAGGAAGGCCUCACUCAAGACAUUCUGCCCGCUUUGAAGAUGACUCCCAAGAAGAAGCCCGCCAGCAAGAAGCGUGGGCUCAACUGA